AUGUCCAGUUCGGGCUCCAAUGAUCCGUCAAUAGGCGUUUCGGAAGCACCGACAAUGCUAAAUAAUCUUCGAGCUAGGUCCUACAGGGCAGCCUGCGGGCUGACGCUCGAUGAAGUGCUGAAUAACACAGCCCCUCCACCGUAUACCCUCAGCGCAUUCAUAGAAUACCUCUCUCAAAACCAUUGUCUCGAGACUUUAGAAUUCAUCCUCGAAGCGAAACGAUAUCGCGAAGGCUACAAGUCAUUAGUCGAAUCAGCAGAGAAGUCCAUAGAGACAAUCAACUCCUCGGCAAGCAUCAACCUAAGUAAGCUCUAUCAGCUUCUCCUGGCGACAUACAUUCUCCCCGGAGCAGCCCGUGAGGUCAACCUGUCUGUCAACGUACGUGAUGCCCUCUUGCGACACAAAGACAUGUCGACACCGCCGCUGCCUGAGACUCUUGAACCUGCCGUGAAAAGCAUCCACAACCUGAUGGAGGAUUCGAUCUUCGUUUCGUUUCUGAACAGCGCCUCCAUAGUUUUACACAAAGACCCAACGUCGAAGGCGUCGAAUCAAAACGAUAUCAGCCCUUACCUCACGCGUACGAUCUCAGACAAUCAGCCGACGAAGCCCGUACAAACUAAAUGCCCAUCUCUUAACCCUCUUGGAAAGACUUGGUCAUGGCCUCCUUGGAGUCGACAGGCCCAGUGA